ACGCACAAUAUGUUGAUAUUAUCCUAUGCUUUGUGGUCCACCAAAAUUCCAUCGUCUCAUAUUUUCCCAUCUUUGCCUAGUUGGACAUCGACAGAACCGAUUUGACCAAGAAGCGCGACUACGUUUUAAAAAGCCAAGGACAUCAUAAAAUUCCCGACCGGUGAGCGCAUUGGCUACUUAUCGUUGCAUACACAGAGUUAAUUUGUCGGUUUGCAGCUUUUAUCGACAUGUUUCAGAUGACAUGAUAGAAAUCUUCGUCACGAGUGUUACGAAUCUUAUGUAAGGUCUUGUACGUCAUGUCAGGGCUCCUCACAUGACCAGUAUGUUCCUGUCGACUCUUGUGUGUACACAUUGAGGGUCCAAUGAAAACAAACUAGCUUGGAUGCUAGAUACGCAGUAUAAAAAAUUCCGUCGAUCAGGCAUGUCCUGUUUGGCAAAAGUCAUUGCUGGACGCUUCUGACGCUACCCGAGCACAAAUCAAGAAAAUUAUUUCGACCGAUUAGCUCACCUCGUUGUGAGAUCCGAGACGAGCUGCAGCAGCGAAGGGUGCAAGAAGCUUGGAAACCUGAUGGAUUUGAGAUCAUGCAAAACACUACUGUUGUCCACAAGUUGGAGCGACCAAGAAGUCGCUGAGGUCCAUGGAUUUUCAGGAUUAAACACACUUUUGAUGGUGUUAUAUCAAGCGGUAAGGAAGCAUCAACAGGCAAUGAGCUCACUUGAAGCCAUUAGCUCCAACCUGUAAACUUAUAAUACAUGAACAACAGUGCUGCCGAGGUCUCAGAUUAUUUAUUUUCUAUUCAACAGCCCUUACCUCUGUCAGAACCAUCAUCAAUAUCUUCGAUAACAAAUUUAAUUCUUAGCUCUUGUCGAAUCAAAUUCUGUCCGGCACCUAAAUAUGAUAGCGGGUUCGCUCGCUUGCGUAGACGCCAAGAACAGCUCGCUGACGAAUAGAUGGGGCCACAGUCGCGUGCAUUAUAUUAUGAUCUUAUCAAAAUUUUUGGUCGUCCACGAUCUUCUUAACUUUAAAAGUAUGACCACAUCGAAAUGAACAGGUCGAAUAGCAAUCGAAAGAUGCUGUUACUUUGUGGAAUCGUCAGUUCAUCACGCAGCAUAGGCUCAAUACUUGUGGCUCAUAAGAUUAAUUCUAUUUUCAAGCUGCCGCGUAAAUCCAUGUAUGAGGGCCUGUUCGAGAACUUCACGGCGCAAAUCAAACAGAUCUGCUACUCCGACAUCAAUGCUGACUUGAUUUUAUUACCGUCUGCGAAAGGCUUUGAUCUGUCAGCCAUCGUCAUACUAUGUUUUCCGCCAUGGAGUAAAGUUUUCUAUUAUCAUAGCUGAUGUUAUAUAAACUCAAACAAAGCUGAAUUUGAAAUGUGGGCGACUCAUCAGCCCCUUCCUCGAUGAGAUGUAAUCAGUGUGCGUUGUCAACUACAUCAAGCAUGGGCAGACACUCCGUCGUUUGUUUUUUUUAAGGUGAUCACUGACAUGAGUAUGCGAUGGCGACAAUCAGAAUAGAAAAAUUUGCAGCCACAAAUUCUGGAGGCAUACCUGCCAACACCAUGAUUGAUCACGAUGUCAAAGAAAGCGAAUGUGCAUUGUUGCGGAACAAUUACCAGUAUACGAUCGACAUCAAUGCUGAAGUAGCUAGAAGGAUUCUAAAUUUGUCGAUGACACAAAACAUGUUUUGUAAAGCUUACAAUCCCGAUGCCUUAUGGGUAUAUUUGAAGUACGCUUGCCUCUCGAAACCAAAAUACCAUCCAACGUUGACCGUCUGCACAAUAAAUGUUGAUGGUCUCCUUCACCAACUGUUGAUCUAGUGAUGGAUUUGCUUGAUGAGAAUCUAUCUUGACAAUAAUAGUAAUUCAUCAUUGACGACCCCCUCGCUACAAGUUCAUGAAGUUUACGAAUAAAUAAUCUCGUUACUAUUGCGUGAUAAACAUUCUCGACGAUAAAUCUCAUUUUUUUAAAACGAAA